UCCCGCCGACGUUACCGUUUGUAUUUCUCAGAGAAAAUGGCCUUCCGGCGAUUGAAAGAAAUUUCUAGGGUUUUGCCCCAACUUUACUCAGGUCAUAGUUAUCAACUAUCAAGACAAUAUUUCAACUUACUCGCCUCACAUUUGAACCCUUCACCUCAAAUAUGGUCAAACAUCCACAGAAAUCUUUUAGAGAGAGGUUGUCAUGCUCAGAGGUUUUCAACUGUAUCAGAACCAUCACAUGAGCCUUUUCCUAGAAGUGAUCUAUUGUCUUUCAUUGAAUCUGCUUUAGAUGAGCCUGAAGGCCCUUAUCAUUGUUGGUUGAAUAAAACCAAGGAUAGCAAGGAACUCUCUAGGAUAGAUGGAGUCUUCUUGGUUCUUGCUGGUGCAUUCCUUGAGGAUUCUCUAAAAUCAGAUCGUGACCCUGUCAUUAUGUUUGAAAAAGUAAAAUCACUUCAGCAGAGGUAUCCUUCUCUCCAUGUUAUGGGUUUUCAGUCUGGCAGUUCAAUUCUCUCUGAUGCUGUUCAUUCUCGUCUACUCCAGAUAACCAUGAUGGAAUAUAUUACGUUUCCCAUUUUGCUGUCUAACAAGAAUUUCGCCGAGAUGACAGAUGGGGCAUGUUACAUUUUAUUUAAAGGUUUCAAGAAUUCUUUACAUUACCAUGAGUGGGACGUGGAUCUUGGAACUAUUGACAAAGCCAUCAAGAAUUUAAAUGUUCAGCACAAUGAGAAUCCCAAGUUGGUGAAUAAUUUGAAAAGCACAUGGAUGAAGCAAACUGAAGUCAUCAAAGAACCACAUGCUUAUUCUUCCUUGCGGAACAUGCUUCUUUACUUCCCAGGCUGCAUCUCUGUUGAUGAAAGUGGAAAUCGCAUUUUCCUCUCUGACAUCAAUCACCAUCGAAUUAUCAUAUUUGAUGGCAAUGGCAAGAUUUUGGACUGUAUCGGUUCUUCCCCAGGUUUUGAGGAUGGAGAGUUUGAAUCUGCUAAGAUAGUGCGCCCUGCUGGUUCUUUCUAUGAUGCUGCUGAAGGUUACCUGUAUUUUGUGGACUCAGAGAACCAUGCCAUCAGGAGGGCUGAUAUGAAGAAGAGGGUUUUGGAGACACUCUAUCCAAUCGACAAUGCUAGUAAGAAAAGUGAUUCUCUUUGGAGCUGGAUCAUGGAUAAGCUUUCGAUGAAGAGAGACGUUGACAUAAAGUCUGAUGAAUUGAACUCAGAAUCUUUUUUGUUUCCUUGGCAUCUGAUGAAAUCAUUGGAUGAUAAUCUCUUUAUUCUUAACCGUAGCUUUGAGACGUUAUGGAUUAUGGAUUUGGUUUCGGGGGUUAUUAAAGAAGUGGUUAAAGGGUUUCCGAAGAUAUCGGAGUUCUGUGGACAGAUGAUACUGGAGAAGACCUCCCUAUUGAAGCAGAUGCCUUGUGAUUGGUUGCAACAGCAAUCUAAUACUAUUUAUUCAUUCGAGAGAAUUCAGUAUGCUGGUCUAAUGUCAUCUUUAGCAGCCUUUCAGGAUUAUAUUAUCAUUUGUGAUACAGUUUGUCAGACAGUUUUGAAAUUCAAUAGAGAAUCUGGAUCAAUUUCAAGCUUUCACUUAUCAAACUUUGGGAUCCUUGGACUACCUUAUUGGGUGUCCUCCUCUUUGGAGAGAGUAUACGCUGCUGGCAAUGUAUUGUCGGGAGUUCACGCAGAUCAUGUUCAAUGCUUCAGCUUGUUGCCAGGAAAUAUUGACAUACAAUUGAAUGUAGAUAUCCCUGAAGACACUGAGCUUGUUGAACCCUUGCAAGAAGGUUGUGUAUGGUGCCAGGCUAGAGGUGCUGCUGCUGAACUCUCAGGAACAGAGAGCAGAGUGGCAUCCUCUGAGAAGGUUGGUGUUUCCCAACAGUGGUAUGAUGAUUUGGAUAACCUUGCCUUCUCGGCACCAGAAGUAGAAUUGAUCUCUGAAGAGGAGAAAACCACAACUUCUGAUGGAAACUUAAAAGAAGGGAGAGUUUGCAUCGAUUGUGCCGUCAAUACAAGUCCAGGGACAAGUGAGGUUGUGGUUUACGUGGCUCUGUAUUUAAAACUGAAGAGAAAUCAAAAUUCAGUUGAAGGCAGUAAAGAGAAAAAUGCAGCAAGGAUAGCAGAUAUUUUGAACCCAAAGAGAAAUGCAGAGGUGGGAACGGAUCCAUGCGUUGAGUUGUUGUUGAAAUCAAACAGCUAUCUGGGAGACUUUGUUAUCAUGAAACCUCUACUUGUGAAGCUAAAGUUUGAUUGCCGUGAUCACCCUAAAGCAGCAGAUAAUUCGAAAGAAAUCAUUUUAACAGAGUCCUCCAUUGAGGUCAAUGUAUCUCUAGAUUAACUUAUAUUUUUAGUGCGGUAGGUAUAACUGUAUUCUUAUAUUGUUGUACAAGCCUCUCUUCAUUUUUGCUGAUAAAUUUUAUAUAUAUAUAAAAUAUUCCAAUUCAGACGAAUGAGUAUUAGGUUUUUAUUCCUAACGAAAGCUGGGUGGUUCGUAAAGUCGGAUUAAAUUGAUUACAAUUUACAGGUGUUA